CAUGUUUUCAAUCUUCAAUUGCACCUCAUUCACCUGCAAGCUGACAAAAUAAAGUCCAGUAGCAAUCUGUAAUCAAAAUUGCCAAAAACUGAUCUGAUAAGUUAAUUGCUAAUUAGAUUGCUUUUAGUUCUCAAAUACGUCUUUUUCACCAGUUGCUUGUUUGCUUUUCAGUAUAUUGUGCUUCUAUAUUUACUAUAAAAUGGUCGAAGAAAGCAUCUACGCUAAUAAAUCAAAAAACAGAGCAGCUAGACCGAAAUUAGUCUACCUUUGGACUGUAGCAGAUGUACAGAAAUGGUUCAGAAGGCACUGCGGCGAUUACAACGCUUUAUAUGGCGAUUUAUUCACUCAACACGAUAUCACCGGCAGAGUACUAGUUCGUAUCAACGAAACCAAGUUAUUAAGACUGGGCGUAAUUAAUCCAGAUCAUAGACAAGAAAUCUGGCGCGAAAUCCUCAAAUUAAAAUUGAAAACCGACGUACUGGAGAUCAGAGAUAUGCAAAGGAAACAAAUUUACGAUUGACAUAGCAGGUCCUGUACGUAUGAAUCAGAUACCGAGAACCCGGAGCAUUUCCUGUACUUGCAGAUCCAUCUGGUAUCUUCUAUCAGAGGCGAACAACUUACGAGAGAAGCGUGGUUACAUUUCGGACAAGUUAUCGUACUGUUGUUAGUACCUAAUUCGGUUGGAUCGGCGCAUCUGUCGCAAGUACAAUCGAAAAAUUUCGUCUCUUUUAUAUGAGCUCUUCUUUUCACCGUUCCCUGUUAAUUAACCAAUGUGUAGGUAUACUGACCACCUUAAACGAUUUAAUUUUUAAUUCGAUUCGUAUGUAUUUAAUACUCACGUGCAAUGUGUACGCGUAACUGAUAGUGAUCGGUUCACCUUUCGGUAUAUCUACCGAAGCUCUUACUUUGAGUUGGAAGUGUUCGUCGUUUGUAUGAAUUGUAUUCGGUACGCAGUUAUGAGAUAAUAAGAAAGCUAAAGGAAAUAACGCUCGUAAACUCAGUUCAUCUUUCGUUACCUCGAAACAGUUCACCUAAAAGAUUCCAAAUUAUCGAUUCAAAAGUCAAAUUGGCUGAAAAAAUUACAACUCAACUCGAAACGAACCUCUAAAAUACCGCAGACCGUAUGAAUCUCAUCCGGAUCGAAAUAUUUUUGUAAUUUUUCCACCACGGUUUUAGUAUUAAGAUUCCAUAUGUUUUUUAUGCUUCUUCGUAUGUUAUUAUGAGAUUCCAUACUCAGCAACGUAUUCCAUUUUGACUGAGACGAUCUUUUGAGUAAUAAACAUCUUAGAGGAACGAUAAAAUUAUAAACGUUGAUUACGUCUCGUUGCAUUUCACCAUCGAACGAUAUUUCUGCCAGUAUUUUACAUUCGCCAACGUCGUGGCCGGUUCUUUUAUACAAACCCGAACAAGACGAAGAACACAUUGGCCAGUUACAUUUCGUGCAUCUGAAUCAAAUCGAAAUUUAUCAAUUUUUUAGAAUUUGAAUGAACUGAAAUGUUUAUUAAUCGUUGAUAAUUACUAAACUAAUCGGUAAUCACAAAUACCUGUAAUCGUUGACAUUGUUGAUUAUCACGUAACAACCUAAGCAUAAAAGCUGACUUUGUUGUACCGGACCGAUGACCAAUGGUUCGUCUUUCUCUAUGAUUAUUUCUCCAGCGGUAAUAUUUUUAUUCGCUGUUAGAUAUCUGUAAAGUAGUAUUUCAUUCUUCCAUGAUUUUAUGUAUUUCUAAUCUAUGUAAAUUUCUUCCUUGUGAUGUAACUUGAAUCGUCGAGUUGAAAAUUCAUUAGUACAAAUGUAAUGAGCAAUUAACUAAAUGUAACGUAAGUCAAAUUUAUCAAAUUUUUUGUAUCUUGUUGAGAUAUUGUUCGACUUUUUUUUUACGUUAAUAAAAAUUAUAUUUUUUUAUAUAUU